GCCAUUUCAAAACAAUGUGCGGGCAGUAAAUAAUGAACUAACUCAACUGAUAAACGUGCAAAGGUUACAAGGUUUACCGCAAGUGAAUUAAGUACAAAGCAAGAUGUGUGUUGGAUGUGUGAAAGUGAAGUGUCCAGACAGGGGAAGUGUCUGCUUGGAAAAUGGGUCUUACCUUUUCAAUUUCCAGGAAUGUGCAAGUUGUCAUAGCAGGCAAGUUAUCAAAAUCCUGAACAAGCACACAGACACUGAUGAAGAUGGGGAAGAAACAGUCAUGUAUCACCAUGUGUGUGCAGUGUGUGAACAUCUUAUAGCUGAACAUCAGUAUGAGUUUAGAAUAGAUGGUGAAUAUCAGGAAUACUCGAUGGUUUGUAUUCUAUGUGGUAGUGCACAAGACACUAGGAGCAUCCUGCCAGACGAUCCAGGAAAACAAAUGCACUUAUUCUGAUGCUCGGCUGGGAUGGAAUAAAAGCAACAAAUGCUUGGACAGAUCUACAUAGAAUGGUGAUUAGGGUGAAAUGAAUCCAGCUGUUCUAAAGCCGAGCUGUGGUGGAACAAAACAGUUAAUGCUUACUAUGGAUACAACUGUUCUUGUGCAUAAAAGUGAUGUCUCAAACAUUGUACAUAAAUGACCAAUACUCAAAAAGAAUUGCGCCAAAUGAAAUGGUAGAAUACAUUCAAACCGAACCCCAAUGAUUACUGUCAAACCAUUGGACAUUCGGUGAACAAGGGAAGAAUUCUGAGGAGCGCUAUAAAAUAGAGCUGCAGGCCAAAGAGUUGGCAUUGAUAGAGAACAAAGGGUGCAUUCGUUUAGCUUCCCUGGGUCGACCCCGCAGUGCUCACUCGGGUGAGCCCCUGACAAGAGCUAAUCGAAC